UAUAAUGCUCUUUGUUUUUCACAGGAUUCCAGAAAAAGAAGGAUGAGUCCUCUGAUAAUGUUUCUCCUGUUAGCGGCUACAACCCCAACAGCUCCGGCAGCAACGGAGCCAAAGAUCGAGCUGCAGUUUAAGUUGCAGCUAAACUUUACAUCGCAACUCUCAAACAAGUCGUCAGCCGAGUUCCUGCAGCUCAGGGACAACGUCACCGCGGUGCUCAACGGAGUCUUUUCAACAAAUUACGCAGCUUCCUUCAAUCGAACUUACAUCAAAAGCUUCAGUGCAGGAUCCAUUGUAGUCAACGCUGAUCUGUUGUUCAAUAAUGGGACGGCACUGCCUGAUGCCGGGGCUGUGGCCAAAGCUUUGGAGACUGCGUCGUCCAGCUCAAACUUUUCCCUCAGUGUCGACACAUCUUCCAUUACUGCUUCUGCAGCUCCGAAUGCUACAGCAGCUCCGAAUGCUACAGGUGCUCCGAAUGCUACGGCAGCUCCUAAUGCUACGGCAGCUCUGAAUGCUACAGGUGCUCCUAAUGCUACAGGUGCUCCGAAUGCUACAGCAGCUCCGAAUGCUACAGGUGCUCCGAAUGCUACGGCAGCUCCUAAUGCUACGGCAGCUCUGAAUGCUACAGGUGCUCCUAAUGCUACAGGUGCUCCGAAUGCUACAGCAGCUCCGAAUGCUACAGGUGCUCCGAAUGCUACGGCAGCUCCGAAUGCUACAGCAGCUCCGAAUGCUACAGUAGCUCCUAAUGCUACAGCAGCUCCGAAUGCUACAGCAGCUCCGAAUGCUACAGCAGCUCCUAAUGCUACAGCAGCUCCGAAUGCUACAGGUGCUCCGAAUGCUACAGGUGCUCCGAAUGCUACAGGUGCUCCUAAUGCUACAGCAGCUCCGAAUGCUACAGCAGCUCCGAAUGCUACAGCAGCUCCGAAUGCUACAGCAGCUCCGAAUGCUACAGCAGCUCCGAAUGCUACAGGUGCUCCGAAUGCUACAGGUGCUCCGAAUGCUACGGCAGCUCUGAAUGCUACAGGUGCUCCCACAUCUAGUGAAGGAGCUGUUGACCUUCAGUUUCGUCUUGACCAAACAUUCACAUCAGAUCUUGCAAACCCCUCCUCAACGGCGUUUAAGGAUUUGGCUACAAAUGUCCGAACUGAGCUCAACAUCGUGGCUUCAAGUCUCUAUGGAUCCCGUUUCCUUCGCUCCAUCAUCAACGGAUUCACGAAUGGAUCCGUGGUGGUCAACUCCACUCUGGUGUUCAGAGAUAGGAGCUCAGUUCCUUCAGAUGCCAAAGCAACUUCACAACUCAACGCGGCACUCAGCAACUCCAGCUCCCUGGACGUUGUCGCCGGCAGCGUCUCUGCUACUGCUACCACCGCUGCACCGAAUGCUACAGCAGCUCCGAAUGCUACAGUAGCUCCUAAUGCUACUGCUGCAUCAACCAAUCCACCUACAUCCAGUGAGGGAACCCUUGGCCUUAAAUUUAGUCUCAACCAAGCAUUCACGAGCGACCUCUCCAACUCGUCCUCAGUAGCAUAUCAGACGUUGGCUGCAAUCGUGAUCAAAGAGAUCAACAUCGUGGCUUCACGUCUCUAUGCAUCCCGUUUCCUUCGCUCCAUCAUCAACGGAUUCACGAAUGGAUCCGUGGUGGUCAACUCCACUCUGGUGUUCAGAGAUAGGAGCUCAGUUCCUUCAGAUGCCGAAGCAACUUCACAACUCAACGCGGCACUCAGCAACUCCAGCUCCCUGGACGUUGUCGCCGGCAGCGUCUCUGCUACUGCUACCACCGCUGCACCGAAUGCUACAGCAGCUCCGAAUGCUACAGUAGCUCCUAAUGCUACUGCUGCAUCAACCAAUCCACCUACAUCCAGUGAGGGAACCCUUGGCCUUAAAUUUAGUCUCAACCAAGCAUUCACGAGCGACCUCUCCAACUCGUCCUCAGUAGCAUAUCAGACGUUGGCUGCAAUCGUGAUCAAAGAGAUCAACAUCGUGGCUUCAAGUCUCUAUGGAUCCCGUUUCCUUCGCUCCAUCAUCAACGGAUUCACGAAUGGAUCCGUGGUGGUCAACUCCACUCUGGUGUUCAGAGAUAGGAGCUCAGUUCCUUCAGAUGCCGAAGCAACUUCACAACUCAACGCGGCACUCAGCAACUCCAGCUCCCUGGACGUUGUCGCCGGCAGCGUCUCUGCACAGUCCACAGCCAGCUCCAGCAGCCCUCCUGCGCCCACCGUGGCCUCCCUGGCAGUCGUCUCCUUCACGCUGCUGGCCGUGGCUCAGAUGCUCAUCAACGUAUAACCGACAGAAAGUCGUGCACUGACAUCGACGGUGGCUUUUAGGCAAAAGCCAUGUGACACUGAAUUGAAAACAAUAUGUAAAAAGUGUGCACAAUGAAAUGUAUCAAUGCAAUGUCAUUUGGUAAAAAGAUGUGUCCUGUGUGUCAAAGAUUAAGACCGUUUUUAAAAACUUUCCCCAUUUGAUGUUUAUCACUUUUUAUUCUUUUGUAUCUGAACAACUAACCCAUGACACGAGGACUGAGUCAUGGACAUAUCUUAUUUCUUUGGCAGUUACUUUUGUAACUGCUCCUUUAUAUAGAUUUUUCAGGUGGCAUUUAAUUUGCAACAAAUGGAAAUAUGUAUAGGAAAAUUCUUAAAAUUUGUAUUUAAAUUUUCAAAAAUGUCACAAUUCAGCAGAACACAAUUGACAUCUUAUGUUAUUUAAAGUGCAAAUGAAAGUGUGCCGUUAAUGUCGUGUGAUGCCAACAGCUAGCGGUGUGGAAGUAACAUGAUGAUGAAGAUGAAUAAUUCAUAUGAAGAUGGCAUGGGGGUUGGUAAAUGCCCGUCUUAAAGGAUCCUGCUAGUAUCCUAAAAUGUAGAAAGAUUAUUGAUUGCUAAAUUGAAUACUUGUUGUUCUUGUAUGUUUUUGAGAAGGGGGAUAAUAAAUGUGUGUCUUUGUUAAUCAAUGAGUAAUAAAGUGUUUCCUUUACAAUGA